UCUCUUUUGUACCUUUUGCUUUCUAUUCCCUCCCUUCCCUCCAUCUCUUCUCUCUCUCCCUCUCUCUUCUCUCUUCCUCCUUGAUCCCUAACCUAAUUGGCUGCUGCUGAUCUUGAAUACUUCUUUGCUGACCAGAUUUCACCUCUAAAUCCAGAGAAGAUCUUCUAAAUCUAGUGACCCUAUUCUUCAUUUUGAUCUCUGUGUAUUUGUAGAUCAGCUGUGAGUGAAAAGCUUGUUGCCAAGGCUUCUGAUUCUAACUUUGAAGGAAAGAAGGAUCAAGGAGAGGAGGAGAAGAAGAAGAUAAGAGAAGGGUUUUCUUUUUUUUCUAUUUGGGGUUCAUUUAGAGGUGAAGAUGACUCCAGCAAAUCUAUCAGGUCAGUUUGGGGAUACUACUUACACCAAAGUGUUUGUUGGGGGUCUUGCUUGGGAAACCCAGAAGGAGACUAUGAAGAAAUAUUUUGAACAGUUUGGUGAGAUUUUGGAAGCUGUAGUGAUUACAGAUAAGAAUACCGGGAGAUCCAAAGGCUAUGGAUUUGUAACUUUUCGAGAACCAGAAGCUGCCAUGAGAGCCUGUGUGGAUGCUGCUCCUAUGAUAGAUGGAAGAAGAGCUAACUGCAAUCUUGCUUCCUUAGGUGUUCAGAGAUCCAGACCCUCUACACCACAACAUGGAGGAGGCAGGAACUUUAGGGUGAUGAACUCUUUUCACAGUGGGCUUCAAGGUGGAGUGGGAACAGCUUUUCCUUCUGCAGCAACCUUCCCUCAUUAUGCCAUCCAACAAGGCAUUCCUUAUAAUGUGUAUGGGUACUCUCCUUACUCGCCGGAUUAUACUUAUCCAACGAGUUACUACGGUUUAUAUGGAGGAGGUGCAGCAACACAGUACCCAAUGUACGGUGCAGGUGCCGGAGGAAUGGUCACCGGUGCUGCAUUCUACCCUUAUCUCCAAUUUGGUGGCCAGAGCAAUGGCGGAGCUGCUGCUGCCGCCACCACCGCCACCGCUGGUGCUUAUACCGGAGGCCAGGGAUAUGGUGUCCAGUACCCACACCAUCUCUUCCAGUACUCACCCAUUACCUCAACUGGAUUCCCUCAUCACUACGGUGGACCGAUGUCCCUUGCUCCUACUCCACCCUCUCAAGCAGUGUGUUUUACUCUACAACAGGCGUGACCAUGGCUCUUACAGCAGCUCCAACUACUACUGUUCAUGCCCCAACACCUCAACCCUACAGACUUGUUCCUACCCAUUUCACUCCAACAGCAUCUGAGCAACCUUCGGCUUAACCAUGGUUUUGAGGCUCUUUCUCCUUUCAUCCUCUUUUCUCUCUUUCUCUUUCUCUCCACCACCAUCUCCAGUACUUCUCUUUUCUAUUCUCUACUGCAAGCCCAGGUGUGGAAAACUUAGGGUUUGUCAGAAAAAUUAGUCCCACAUCGGGACUAAACCCACAAUGGAGGAGAGCCCCUCCAACAUCCCUAGUGCAUGUCAUGUGAAAACGAGUUCAUUUCAUUUUGCUCAAGAUAGGGCUAUGU